UUUUGUUUUGCUCUUUGGCAGAAUUGCAGCCGUCGCAAGCACGCAUAGCACAACUUGUGCUUGUGCUCGUGCUCGUGCUGCUGCUGCUGCUUUCAAGAGUCGCUCUGCAUUGCGUCGGAAGCUCCAACUCCUCCUCCUCUUCUCCUCUCCUCUCUCUCUUGCUCUCUCUGGCUCUGCCUCCCCCCCUCCUGCAUCCAUCCUUCCAUGCGUCCACUUGCAUGUAAAAACGCCGCAGAGGAACGGUUCUCUCCAUCAUGUAUGUAUUUCUUGCUCUUCUCUCUCCCUAUUUUGGACGUUGGCCAAGUUCCACCGUGGUGGGCUGGCUCACUGGCUGGCUCUCGGCCGCUUUCCGCUGAUGUCCGGAUAACGUCAAGGGGCGCCGUAUGGCUCCUUUAAUGUAGCGGCCGCCCCGCCAGCGCACGGGCUUCCUUCCAUCCUCCACCUUCGCCCACCCUGCCUCCCCCCCCCCUCCCUCCCUCCCCCCCCCCUUUUGGAAUUGCAGCGUAAAAACACACACUCGCGCAAAACGCCACAUCUCCUCCCGCAGUGCACUGUGAGGGAGCUUCUGCCCGCAUCCCGCAUCCCGCCUCGUCCUGCUGCAUCCCGGCAGCCAUGUGAUUCUUUGGGAUUUUUCUUGCUUGUUGUCGUUUUUCCUCCGCCCGCCGCCACCUCUCUACUGGACGGGAGCUGACAUGUGAAACACUUCGCAUGGAUGCUUGGAUCGGAGCGCCUCGGAGACCACCUCAUCUGCCAACGUCACCCCGAGAAGCAGCAGUGUUGGAGGGAGAGCGGCAAUGGUCAAGUCAGCGAGAACCGCAGUGGAGCCGCACUGAGGCAAAUUCAGCCGAGCAGCCCCCUCGUGUCCUGGGGGUGGGGGGGACAUUCCCAGCACUUUGAGAGGCGCAGGAAGCCCAAAAGGUCCUAAUCCGCCCCGGCCCUCACUUUGAAGGUCAGACUAACCGCAUCCCCGAGCCGUGAGCGCCCGCCCGCCCCAAAAUGACGGUGGUCCCGGGAGAUAACGUGGACGAGACCUCGGCCGUGCCGGGCCACCCCCAGGACGCCUACCCGCCGCCUCCUGACCACAACGACCACGAGUGCUGCGAGCGGGUGGUCAUCAACAUAGCCGGUCUCAGGUUCGAGACGCAGCUCAAGACCCUCUCGCAGUUCCCGGAGACACUGCUGGGAAACCCCAAGAAGCGGAUGCGCUACUUCGACCCCCUGCGGAACGAGUACUUCUUCGACAGGAACCGGCCCAGCUUCGACGCCAUCCUGUACUACUACCAGUCCGGGGGGAGGCUGCGCCGGCCCGUCAACGUCCCCUUGGAUAUGUUCUCAGAGGAGAUCAAGUUCUACGAGCUGGGGGCGGAAGCCAUGGAGAGGUUCCGAGAAGACGAGGGCUUCAUCAGGGAGGAGGAGCGACCCCUGCCCGAGAAGGAGUUCCAGCGCCAGAUCUGGCUUCUCUUCGAGCACCCGGAGAGCUCGGGCCCGGCCAGGGGGAUCGCCAUCGUGUCCGUCAUGGUCAUCCUCAUUUCCAUCGUCAUCUUCUGUUUGGAGACUUUGCCGCAGCUCAAGGAGGAACCCAUGGGCCGCAUGGAGACUAUCGGCAACGUCACCACCUACUACAAACCAAACAUCCUCACCGACCCCUUCUUCGUCAUCGAGACCCUCUGCAUCAUCUGGUUCUCCUUCGAGUUGAUCGUGCGCUUCCUGGCCUGCCCCAGCAAACCGGCCUUCUUCAAGAACAUGAUGAAUACCAUCGACAUCGUGGCCAUCAUCCCCUACUUCAUCACGCUGGGCACCGAGCUGGCCGAAGACCCCGACGCCGAGGGGGUGGGCGAGCAAGCCACCUCUCUGGCCAUACUCAGGGUGAUCCGUCUGGUGCGGGUCUUUCGCAUCUUCAAGCUGUCCCGGCACUCCAAAGGACUGCAGAUUUUGGGCCAGACCCUCAAGGCCAGCAUGCGAGAGCUGGGACUGCUCAUCUUCUUCCUGUUCAUCGGCGUCAUCUUGUUCUCCAGCGCCGUCUUCUUCGCCGAGGCCGAGGAGCAGGAUUCCUUCUUCCGAAGCAUCCCCGACGCCUUCUGGUGGGCGGUGGUGUCCAUGACCACGGUGGGCUACGGCGACAUGGUGCCGGUCACCAUCGGCGGCAAGAUUGUAGGAUCUCUGUGCGCCAUCGCCGGCGUGCUGACCAUCGCACUGCCCGUGCCCGUCAUCGUGUCCAACUUCAACUACUUCUACCACAGGGAGACGGAGGGAGAGGAGCAGGCUCAGCUGCUCAACGUCAGCAAUCCCAACAUCCCGUCCGACAGCAACUCCAGCCGCCGCAGCUCCUCCGUGGUCAGCAAGUCCGAGUACAUGGAGAUCGACGGGGACCUGAACAACAGCAUCGACAACUUCCGGGAGGCCAACCUCAGAACUGGCAACUGCACUAUAGCCAAUCAGAACUGUGUCAACAAGAACAAGCUGCUCACAGAUGUUUAGGCACCGCGACCACGGUGGAGCGCGCCGCCGCCGCCGCCGCCGCCGCCGGGCUUACUUAGGGCCUGCCUGCUAAAAAAAUGCCCAUAGAGAAGAAGCUAACACUUAGACUUAGACCACACUUAGGUAGACUAAUCGAUUCUUCUAAUCCUGCAAGUACAGCGUAUACCCGUCCCCCCAGACGCCUCCUCUCCAAACUAAAGAAGUAUGGAUGACCCCGCCCCACCUACCCUCCCCCAUAUACACAACUAGGUGUUAGGCUGCAGAGCACACUCUUGUCUUAUCAGGCCAUAUAAUGCAUGGAAUACCGAGAAGCAACGCUGCGGAAAAGUCAUCGUAAAGCAAGCCAGCCACAGUACAUGUUGCAUCCUCACCACCGCAAAAAGGAUCGAACCAUUUUGCAAAAAGCACCUUAUAGGAGGAAGACCGACCUGGAUGUAAACAUGUCCCCGGGACACGGGCGGUGGUGGAAUGGCGGGCCGGCUGGCCGGCCAGCCAGCGAUCUCCGCCAGCUUCCCGCAUGACGACGGACUUUCCGUUUUGACGCAUGCAACCAAACGUAUACGUAAUACUUGCCAUCACGGAGCGGAUCGCCGCCACCGGCGCCGCCGCCGCCGCCCACCUUUUUGCACCCGGAUGAGGGCUUUGAGUUGACAUCUGGGAUUUGAAUGUUCAGUCUUGAGGGGACAGACACUUUGGAAAUGAGAUCAUAGCAUGAGAAAGCGUAACCUGCAUUAUGUUCGACGGACUUUUGUAUCCCUGCAUAUGUAAUGCAUGACACGAGUAAGCGACUCGUCAGGCACUUUGCCGUGUCCUUUUUGGGUCAGGGAAACGACUGCAUUCCGACGUAUCCGAAGCCACGCUGUAAGAAAUCCAAGUAACCGCUGUCCAAACUGCAUUUAAUCGGUUCCAAUAGCGCAGUGCAUGAGCCUGGCUUCCAUUUCCGCAUCAGGUUUGCUUUUGGAGUGGGAAGGAUUGGAAUUCUGCUAGUGCCUUUAAUUCCGCUCGCCGCCAGGACCGGUGGAAGUGCCUCUCGGUAGUCCUGGGACGUGUGAGGUGCUGCUCGAGAUCAUAAUAAGACGACGACGACGACGGAGAAGAACCCUGAGCCGGCCGGAUGAGUGGGCGACAAUGAG